AUGUCAGUCGUUGAGGAAAAGACGCCCACUGUGGCCGAUGAGUCGCAUCCUCCCAGCACGCCCAAGUCGGAGGACUAUGCACCCAUCGACCCCGCGGCGGAGAAGAAGUUGCUGAUGAAGCUGGAUCUAUGCAUCUACCCAACCCUGUUCAUCAUCUACAUGAUGUCCUUCCUCGACCGGAUCAACAUCAGCAAUGCCAGGAUCCAGGGGCUGCCACAAGAGAUUGACCUCUCGGGCAACCGUUUCAACAUUGCUCUCUUUGUGUACUUCAUCCCCUACAUCCUGCUCGAGGUGCCAUCCAAUAUCCUCAUCCGCAAGGUCCGCCCGUCCUUCUACCUCUCUGGGCUGAUGUUCUGCUGGGGGAUCAUCAACAUGUGCAUGGGCUUUAUUCACUCGUAUGGAUCUCUUGUUGCCCUGCGAUUCCUCCUUGGUGCCUUUGAGGCUGGAGUCCUGCCCGGCAUCAUCUACGUGACGUCCAUGUACUAUAAGCGCCACGAAUUCCAGAAACGCAUGUCCUUCUUCUUCACAAGCACCCUCAUCGGAGGUGCCUUUGGAGGACUGCUGGCCUACGGCAUUGCUCGUCUCGGUGGCGACAAGGGCAUGUCUGCUUGGCGAUGGAUCUUUAUCAUCGAGGGUGCCAUCACCGCCUUCCUCUCCAUCAUUGCCGUCUUCCUCAUCGCAGACUGGCCCGAGCAGGCUCGUUUCCUCACUGCUGAGGAGAAGACUCUCGUCCAGCGCCGCCUCGCUGCUGACACUGGUGACUCUUGCCGCAUGGACACGCUCAACAAGUUCGCCACCGAGAGGAUCCUGAAGGACUGGAAGAUCUGGCUCGGUGCCUUCAUGUACAUGGGCAUUGGUACUACAGGCUACGCUGGCGUCUUCUUCAUGCCCACCAUUCUGCUCGAGUUUGGCUGGAAGGCUGAGGAGGCCCAGGUCCAAACCAUCCCUGUCUAUGUGCUCUCGGCCGGCGUCAUGCUCCUCUCCGCCUGGGGAUCUGAUCGUCUCAAGCACCGCUAUGGCUUCGUCUUGACGGGUGCUUGCAUCGCAACCAUCGGCUACGCCAUGCUUCUCGAGCAGGGCGGCAAGUCUCGCGACUACAAGUUUGCCGCCGUCUUCCUCAUCAACGCCGGCGGCUACAUCGCCACGCCCAUCUGCCUCGCCUGGCUGCAAAACAACCUCUCCGGCCACUGGAAGCGCUCCUUUGGCUCCGCCCUCCAGGUCACCCUCGGCAACGUCGCCGGCAUCAUCGGCGCAAACAUCUUCCUCGUCAAGGAGUCCCCCACCUACAAGACAGGCUACGGCACCGCCCUCGGAAUGAUGUGGAUGGGCACCCUCGCCGCCACCCUCAUGUUUGGCUUCAUGUGGCGCGAGAACAGGAAGCGCGAUGCCGGUGACCGCGAUGACAGGCUCAGUCUGCCAGAGGAAGACUUGAGGAACAUGGGUGACUGGCAUCCGAGCUUUAGGUUUACCCUGUAA